UGCCCGUUGCAAGCGAACCGACAUACAAACCUGACCGAGUGGCGAGCGAAUGACAUACUUCAAGAUAAAAAAGUAAAACUAAAAUGAUUGAUAAAUGUUAUCGGCGCAAUAAACCCCUGAGUUCUUGACGUGACUAUCUCUGGGUCGCCGGCCAGUGCGGGCUUCGCUGACGGGCUGUCAAGGUGCGCCGCGGGACAUCAAAGCGCCCGUCCGUCUCUCCAUCAGUCGCGGAUCGCGGGGCUGUGAUUUCCCGAGCGCGUUCUUCGAACCUCGCGCAAUUUCGACCGUCGUUGUAGCGAACACCUGUGGAGACACAUUGCGAUGUAGUGUUGUGUUGUGAACGUGCAGGUUUUGUUGGUGAGGAUUCCCCCGAUAUUGUUCUGGCGUCGUUGUGAGGUUAGGUGUUCCCUGCACACAGGCAGCACCCAAAGAGGUAAUAACAACAAGAAGGCGCGAGGCACUUGCAAUGCUCCGUCCGCUCGCCCGUCUCUAGCGAUGGGCCGACCCGGCGGUUCUUGCACCAGGCGCGCGUGAGGUAAGGAGGAGUGGGGGUACCGCCAGGGUGCAAGGAUGGCGGGUAGGCGGCGGUCCAAGGUGGUGCUGGAGCCGGACAAAGAGUUCACGUCUCCGGGCGACGAGGAGAGCAAGGACAACAUCGUGCGGCGCCGCACGCUGUCCAUCUCGCACUCGGGUCGCUUCAAGGAGCAGCGGCGACGCGGCGUGCUGAGCGAGGGCGUGUUCGCGGGCUCUGAAGGCUCGGAGGACACGGACAGGAGUGCAUCCUCCGAGGACCUCCAGGACAGGGGCAGGACCUCCGAGGACCCGGACAGGGGCGUAUCCCCCGAGGACGCGAGGCGCGACGUACCAGCACAGCCGGAGGCCGACAGCACGCAGCGACCCGCGGCGAACAAGAUGGCCGUCGUCUUCGAAACCAAGUUAUAGCGCUCGCGCGCGGCGGGCUGCGCCGAGAAUAACCAUCGUUUCCAAGGAUCGAAGGCUGUGAACAUAGACGGCCCGUGGAAGAACCCAUGGGGAGAGAAGGCGUAUCCGGCUGAAUCCGAAAAAAAAGAAGGAAAGAAAGGAAGGGAGGUGGAAAA